GCUAGUGCUAAGUUAACAUCUUGUCUCAGAGUAACUCAACAGGGCCACUCGAGUGCAGCUCAGAGCUGGUUUCAAGUGAAAGCUUACUUUUGUGAAAAACGAUGGGAUAUCAUUUCGUCAGUUCAUGUUGAAAAAAUGAAAUCUUUUAUUAAUUAACGUAAAUAAAGAUAAUUUCCCGAAUCACACACUCUUUUGCUGACCAAGGCUGCACUAUCUAUAAUUAUAUACAAAACGUACAUUUUUCCCGAUGAAUAAACAAACAUAAACUUUAUAAAACUUACAAAGCACGCAGUACCUAUCCAUAUAAAUUAUUGCUUAUCCGGUUUUAUUAUCAUUUAAAGUUUCUAUGUGAAGUGUGUAAGAGGUGCGGUAAAAUGGAAAUUGUGAGAAGAUUGACGAAAAUUUUACUGGAUGGACAGAAGAACAUCGUCCAGACGCCAUCAAAAAUGUUAGGUGUCUUGCAGAAACCAGCAUAUGACAAGGUAACAAUAGAAAUCACAGUAGAUAAACAACAAGAGAAUGAAGAAAAAACAUGCAACGUUACUUAUAAAGAACACGUUGAAUCGGCAAGAAAAGCAUGUCGCGAGCACGAAGAAUAUCAGUAUUUGAACCAUAUAAAGAAGAUAUUGGAUAACGGGGUUAAAAGGGGAGAUCGUACAGGUGUAGGCACCUACUCCAUCUUCGGAGCUCAGAUGCGCUACACUCUUGGAGAUGAAACCUUCCCCUUGCUGACCACAAAAAGAGUGUUUUGGAGAGGUGUGGUAGAAGAACUGCUAUGGUUUAUCAGAGGAAGUACAAAUGCGAUUGAACUCAGAGAGAAAAAGGUCCACAUCUGGGAUGCAAAUAGCACCAGAGAGUUUUUGGAUUCUGUAGGACUUGAGGACAGAGAAGAGGGUGACUUAGGCCCAGUGUAUGGAUUCCAGUGGAGGCAUUUUGGGGCUGAGUAUAAAGGAAUGCAUACUGAUUAUACUAAUAAAGGUAUCGACCAACUAGCCCAUGUAAUCAAUACAAUAAAAACAAGACCAACCGAUCGCCGUAUUAUAAUGUGUGCUUGGAACCCGUUGGACAUCCCUGAGAUGGCUCUACCUCCCUGUCACUGCCUGUGUCAAUUCUUUGUGGCCGACGACGAACUUUCCUGUCAGUUAUACCAACGUAGUGCUGACAUGGGUCUAGGUAGGUCGAUUUAAUAAAAAAUAAAUAAGUUUGAGGUAUUCUGGCUUUUGGAAGUAAACAUUGCUGGAAGCAGGAUUUAGUAAUUAAGCUUUGGCUGGCCACUCUGGGAUUUUAAUGCUGAUAAAUCAUCUAGUUUCACGUUUACAAAGCCAAGCAUGGCGAGCUUUGAAAUGGAAUAUCUGUGCGAGUUGUAAAUAAGGGUCUCAUUUAGAGGUUAAUUUUUUCAGCAGCCUGAAUGACAUUCCUUUUUGAUAAUUAUUUUUUAAAAUGUUGGCAAUCACUGCGGGUAACGUGAUCCGUUGUGCAUUUGGAGCAAUAUUUGGCAAAUUAUCAGAGUAAUCCUGGCGUCUAAUUUUUCAAUCGUACUUUCUUAUCUAAGUUUACAUAACCCCAAUGGUCAAGAGGUGCGAAAUCACACGAUCUAAGCGGCCAAUUUAUCGGUCCGAAAACGAGAAAUUAGCUGCAUUGUUGUCCCAAUCCAGCCAUAGUUUAACGGGGUGUGCUGCAAGUAGCACUGCGUGGCAUUGAUGGUACCAGAUAAUCUGAAUAUUAUGGG